AACUAUGCGAAUGGCACACCAUGAUCUGUGAGUUUUCUCCUUUUAUUUCCUUCAUUUUUCGGAGGGUGUUACAUAUACUACAUGUUAAUUGCCCUGGUGAUUUUUCCUGCUGAUUCUUCCGGGUACAAUCCAGAUUGAGCAUAUGGAUGUCAUUUUGAUUCUUGAUGUUUCAUUCAAUCAAUCAUGAAGAAAAAAGCCAUGAUGCAAUUAGUCCUAACCUUGAGUUUUCUUGCAAAGUAAAGUCAUGAAUUUAUGAGUCAGGAAAUCAAGAAGCGGCGUCGAAGAAAAAGCUGGGGUUUCAUUGAACACUGCUGCUGACGAUGAUUGAUUGAUCAAUCAUUUAGGGUCACCUUCAGAAGGUUAGAAAAUGGGUCCCUGAAAAGGAAUUUUUAUUUGAGGAUGUACUGGAAAACUCAUGGGUCAGUUUAAAAAGGUCCCCUCAGGCUUAAUCCUAAUCAUCAUUUAACAAUCAGUUAGCCAUAUCCUGUUGCUUUAUAACUACCAAUUCUGCAGCCAUACAAUUGCUACUACUUGCAUCAGAUCAUUGAAAAAAUCUCUGGAAAAUGGGGCUGCUCUUUUAUCUACUGUUUCCUCUCUUGCUUGCAAGAACCUCUUCGGUUACGGUAAACGAAGGCAUAACUUGAACGGUUUCGGCAUCAAUCUUUGCGCCUGCCUCUUUACCAUGUCCGGGGACAGGGACCCGACUUGCCUCAGACUCUGGAUACUCCCUUGUCAUUCUUGGAUGCACUCGCCAUGGACGAUGCUCGGGUCAAGUUUCUGAGGUCUAGGCUUAACAAGACCAUUCCCAGCUCGACAGCAUCCGGCGAUGGGAAGUCUGUCAGUAUUCCCCUGAAUCCUGGGCAAUCAAUUGGCAUUGCGAAUUACUACACGAGGAUUGGUCUGGGAACUCCCCCGACUUACCAUCUGGUGGUUGUGGACACCGGCAGCUCUUUCUCAUGGAUACAGUGCCAGCCGUGUGCGACGUACUGCCAUCCACAAGCCGGCUCCCUGUUCGAUCCGUCUGCUUCCGGAACAUACGAAGAGCUAUCCUGCAACACAAGCCAGUGCUCAUCUCUGGAAGUUGCGACACUAAACAGUCCGACGUGUUCUUCUUCGAACAUCUGUCAGUACACAGCGACUUACGGCGAUCAAUCUUUGUCCAUGGGGUACUUGAGCAGAGACACUCUGAGCUUCUCCAUGGAGUCGCUACCUGGUUUCGUGUUCGGAUGUGGACAGGAGAACUACGGCCUAUUCGGGAGAUCUUCCGGCUUGAUCGGGCUGGCGAGGAACGAGCUCUCGAUGCUAUCGCAGCUGUCUUUUAAAUAUGAGAAUUCGUUCUCUUACUGUCUCCCGACAUCCACUGUAAUAGGUAAGACCGGCACCGGAGGUUUUCUAUCCAUUGGAAGCAGUUCGGAUUCUCCCUCUAAGUUCACGCCGAUGUUGUCUGAUUCCAGGGAUCCGGGAUUAUACUUUCUGAAGCUUUCGGCCAUAUCCGUAUCCGGAAAACCGUUGCCCCUCGAUGCAUCUGCUUACGGCGUCUCCACCAUCAUCGACUCCGGCACAGCCAUAACUCGCCUGGCGACGCCGGUGUAUUCAGCUCUCCGGGAAGAGCUCGUCAAGAUCAUCUCCACCAAGUUCUCGACUGUGGAAGCGGUCUCCCUCCUCGACGCCUGUUUCAAUGGGACGUCGGAUGAGAUAUCGCACAUUGUGCCGCCGGUUCAGAUGAUCUUCGAGGGAGGGGCCGAGCUCGGCCUGGAACCUCGGAAUGUGAUCAUCGAAGUCAUGGAGGGGACGACAUGUCUGUCAUUUUCCGGGAGCUCGAACGAUAUGGCCAUCAUCGGGAACCAGCAGCAGCAGACGUUCGAGGUGGUCUACGACGUUGCGAACUCGAGAAUCGGGUUUUCCGCCGGCGGCUGCUGGUAGCCGGAGACUGUGGCCGGCCGGCGUUUGGAUGCUUAGCUGUGAUUGAUGUGUAAAAGGUGGAUUUAUGUCGACGACAGCCACUGGCCACAACUUGAAAAUGUUUAUAUUAUAUGUUCAGGGACAGAUUCUACUUGAAUUAUAAAUGUAAAUGAUUGAGAUGUGAAAUUUGUACAUAUGUUUUUAUGCUAUAUUAUUUUUGGUGUA